GGGCCUCAGGCGGGGGAGCCACAGGCAGGAGCUGAGGCCGCCACCUGGACCUUGGAUUCCCAGUCCAGGACUCAGACAUAAGUCCGCUGCUGAGGCCCCCGGCUGCAGUACUUCUCUGGCAGCUGGAGCUGACGCAUACAGCGGCCUGCCCACCCUCUCUGUGCUCCCCAUCUGCACCGUGUGGCAAGAGUCUACCCCAGACGGGGCCGUGUGAACACAGAGCAAGUGUGGAGGGGCGGGGCACGGACUCUGCCAUCAGGACAGCAACAGGAAAACGGGUGUAAGUGACGUCGCUGAGGGGUGGCUUCCAAUGGCCUCCACUGGCUAGGAUCUACUUUUCAAAGUCAGUCAUUUGCAAACUCCGGCACUGUACUAGGACAGACUCCCAGUUCACUUUGCAUGGCUAUCUGGGCCUCGGGCCUGCACCAGCCCUGGCUGCACACCACGCUCCCUCCCUGAGCAAGGCCGAGGAACCUGCCGAGGGGGAAACUCCUCUCAUCCUUCAGCAUGCCUGCCAAUGACACCGCGUCACAUGGAAUGACACUCCCAGCCCGCGUCACAUGGAAUGACACUCGUCGCACUGUUCAUGGGCACCCGUUGCCAUCACAGGCAGCAGGGACUACUGAGUGGCCCUCUAACAGGCCUUGGCGACUACCUUGGUACAGCAGAGACCGUGGAUACAGCGGAGACCAUGGACACGGCAGAGACCACGGACACGGCAGAGGCCACGGACAUGGCGGGGACCACGGAUCUAGCAGGGAUCAUGGACCCGGCGGAGAUCACGGACACGGCGGAGAUCACAGACACGGCAGGGACCACGGACACGGCAGAGAUCACGUUUCAGGGUGGAAUUGGACUGGACUGUUGGACCCGGUGGAGCUGGAGGAUCGGCAUGUUGGCAGGUGUUGGACACGCUCUCAGAGACCAGGACAUCACCUGCCAGGCCGAGGCGUGGAGUCGGCAGUGUGGACACCUACCCACGCCUGCUGCACUCCUCGACGUCCCUAGCCUGUCCAGGACAGCACUGCUAUUACGUGCAGCCACAAGCCAUCCUCACAGGACUCUGCCUACCAAGGAUGCAGUCCCAUCUGACCCCAGCCCACCCGAGCUGGGUCUAGUGGUCCAGCACUCUGCAUGAACCCGUGGAGAGCCCCACCUGGAGGGUGCCCAGGCCUACAGAACAGCGAGGCGUGGGGAAAUGGCAUUUCUCGACUGGUCACUCCUCUCCCUGACACUACAGCCCCGGGCAUGGUCUCAUGCCUCCUGCCAGAAAUGUAAACCAGUACCUCUCGGGAGAGCAAGGUGGCAAGGGACCUUUAAACACGGCAUGCACCCUGAGUCCUGCGACUUCAUGUCUAGGGGGUUCUCAGACAUACGUGCAUGAAUAUACCCUGCACGACUGCCCAGGGUA